AUGGGCAACGCUCAAUCACCUUCCAACGUUGAUCCUCGAUAUGUUUCAGCAACUAGAGCUUUUACUCAAAAGGAACUUAAAGACUUGAGGUCUCUGUUCAAUCAUCUGGCAGCUCAAUCCCAGACUAACGCCAAAUGCAUCUCUCCGUCCGUUUUUCAGUCAUAUUUUGGACUUCAUGGCCCUCUUGGGGAGAGGAUGUUUGAUUUAGUUACUCAAGAGCGCAAGGAUCAAAGGUUAACCCUUGAAGACCUCGUUGUUGCUAAAGCUACAUAUGAGAAAGGGACAAAAGAUGAAAUUGAAGAGUUCAUCUUUCGCUUAUUAGAUGUAUCUGGAGAUAAUUUUGUAGGGAGGUCUGAUUUGGAAACUGUUAUGAUUGCCAUUUUUAAUGAUAUAUUAUGCAUGAAAGAUUCUGAGGAUAGAUCAAGCUCACACGAGGAUUUUGUUAACAAUUUUCUGAAUGCUGCAAAAUUCUCCAUGCAUAAUGGAGAGGGCACUGAGGAGACUAUGUCUUUUGAAGAUUUCAGAAACUGGUGUACUCAUCUUCCAUCUGUGAGGAAGCUUCUUGGAAGCCUACUUUUGUCACCUGGUUCAGGACGACCUGGUUCUCAGAUUCCUAAAAUAUUGACUUCAAAGGCUAUUGAUUCUAACAUUAUACUUUUAAGAAAGGAAUAUGCUUGGCACAUUGGAGGCGCACUUUCUCAGCAAGACCUGGAAGAUUGGAAUCUUUUGUAUCAUAGUUCUGUUAAUGGUCUUAGUUUUAAUACAUUCUUGGGCAACAUUUCAAAUCAUGCAGGCCCAACUGUGUUAAUUAUUAAGGACAAAGAAGGUUAUAUAUAUGGAGGGUAUGCUUCUCAACCAUGGGAGCGACAUGCUGAUUUCUACGGAGACAUGAAAUGUUUCCUUUUUCAACUAAAUCCAGUGACUUCUAUAUUCAGGCCGACUGGAGCAAACAAUAAUCUACAAUGGUGUGCUAUCAACUUCAGUUCAGAGGACAUUCCAAAUGGCAUUGGUUUUGGGGGACGAGUCAAUCACUUUGGUUUAUUUCUAUCAGCAAACUUUGAUCAAGGACAUACAUUUUCAUGUACCACGUUUGGUAGCCCUUGCCUCUCCAAGUCUAACCGUAUAUUGCCAGAAGUAAUAGAAUGCUGGGGAGUGACUCAAGUUGCAACACAAGACAAGAAUGAUGCAGUCAAGGGCACUGUGCUGGAGAGGUUCAAGGAAGAUCGCAAUAUGCUUAAAAUGGUAGGGCUAGCAAAUUCCAGCGAGUAG